GUGGCAGUAAUGUGAGUCAGCGAGCUAGCCGUCAUCUGACAUGAGAGUCAACAAAGAAGAUCCGAAAUUUGAGCAAGGAGUAAACGUAUGGAGAAACCCGAAAACAGCGGUUGGGAAUCCUUAGCUAGCUAAAUAUGUCGACCUUACACCCAAGGCUAUCCAAAGAGAUGAAACCAUGUGGAUGAUAGUGACCGCUCGUGCAAACCACAGAUAAAAUGAAUAAAAGCCUUACAAAUAUUGAGAUGGACCUGGCUUUUGGAUCAGCAAGGACUUUUGGAUCAGCAAGGAGUAUAGUCAGGAGGAUUGGGUCCACGCUCCCUCUUGCUCCCUGCCCUCGAAUCCACUUUCAGCUGUCCCCUUACGCUGCCAGCGCAGCUGCCCUUCACCCUCCUGGCACACCCAGUGGGCUGGUGCCCUCCUUAGCCGAUGUGGCCUUGAUCUACAGAGAAGAAAAUGACUUGACUGACAGAUCCAGGUCGGAGGCUCCGUCGGGCCUGGUGUUCCGCACGCAGCAGCCGCAGCAGCCACUCCGGCGCCAGCGCUCGCUACCCAGCUUGAACCAGGCCGAGCCCUCGCCGCAGGGGCCGACGGCCACCAACGAUGUGGCCAUCCAGAAGAUCAGCGCCCUGGAGAACGAGCUGGCCAGCCUCAGGGCUCAGAUUGCACAGAUCGUCCUGGCGCAGGAGCGCAGCGCAAACACAGCUGCCCCUGCUCCAGGUGCUCCCCCUCCUCCCCCUGGUCCCAACAUGCCCCCUCCGCCCCCUCCCCCACCUCCGCCUCCGCCCCCACUCCCACCCCCGCCCGCUCCCGGCCUGCAGAGGAGCUUCUCGGCCAUUGACCUCAUCAGAGAGCGCCGGGGCAGGAAGGGUGACCAGCAGACAGCGCUGGACUCGGGGGCCAAACAGACUGAGACGCCCAGCAUGCUGGACGUGCUCAAGGACAUGGGCAAAGUCAAGCUGCGCUCCGUGAAACGUCCGGAAGGCCACACCAAACCAAAGCUCACUGACCCGACAGACGCUGCUUCCCUCAUCGCUGAGGCCUUGAAGCGCAAGUUUGCCCACCGCUACCGCGAGGACCGUGAGGACGACUUCUACCUCCCUGUCCCUGAGCAGAAGCCCUGCACAGACACGCCUCUGUUCGGACAGCACAUGCUGAAGUCGACAGGGAAGAAGAAGGUGUUGUGAUGGCGGAGACGCUGGCGGUGCACAUGGCUGUCUAGGGUACUGUUGGUGCCCCCCCAUGUUUUCGUAAGACGCAUCAGGAGUCACGUGCACACAUUAGAGACAUGUGCUUUUACUAUUAGAGAUGCUUAGGGGGAGAUCUGCUGUCUGCCUGAAGUGUUGCAUGCCUAUACCAUGUCAGUGAUUCUCAGCACUUUCAAACAAAUAUCCUUGUGCGUUGGCAAGUGGAUUUUAUGUAUUUUUAAGUCAGGUAUGUUUUUUGGUUUUUGUUUUGUUUUGUUGUUGGUUCUUUUUUAUGUUUGGUAUUUCUGCACAGACUCUUGGUUGGAGUCCAAUAUGUAGUUCUGGUGAACUAUUUUAGAAUGUUUUUAAGUUUUGUCUGUUUUUGUUUUUGUGGAUGUUUUCAUUUGGAUAACUGACACUACAGUACAAUAGACAACCCCAUUCCCACCUCCAGACUCUCAUUCUGAGGUUCCAGGAAAGAGCGAUGACCAAGGGUAACGAAGUUCUAGCCAAAUGCUUAAAUGUGCCUUAACUUGUCUGAACAUGUAUACUGAAGUUAUGGGUUAAAACGAUGUUUUUAUUUGGAAAAGAAAUGCCACAUUCCUUGGUUCUGAUUUCAUGGAUUAGUUUUAGUAUUUUUUUUUUUUUUAACAAUUUGUAUGUUUUAAUUUAUGAUUCUGGGAAACUUAUUUAUGUUUAGGUUCUUUGGUUAACACGAUCACCAGAAAUAGCUUAUGUCCCUUGAAUUAUGUACUAGCUCGAUGCGCUUAAUUUAAGCAUGUAUGGUAACAAAUGUGGGACAUUUUCAGUUCAAGCUUUCUUUCAGAGUUUAUAUAUAAAGUACCUCAGCUUGUGCCAAGAAACAUAAGAGUCAAAGUUGACUGCAUUUCUCUUAAAAAUAGCAUACAAAACACUUCACGUUCAUUUUCCAGUCCAGUUUAAAAUGAUUCAUGUGCCAAUGAAUCAACACUAUCCAUCUGUGUCAAACAUCAAGUGUCAUUUCUUCCUUGUCCAUUUCCAUGGUGUACGACCAAAUGCUUGAAGAGGAACAUUAGUGCUCAGAGGCUGAAGCAAAAUGGCUACCUUAAUUCAUUCCAUGUCUUCCAUUUUGGGAGUGGUUCACCCCCUCCGGAAAAAGUGUAAAUGCUGUUCUAUCGUCUGUGUGGCGUGCAGUCAAGUGUAUCUCGCUGGCACCUUCCGGCCCGAGCCGGUACUGAGGUUGGCAGAAAUCUGAAGCCUAAAGCCAGCAUUGGCUGUGGAGAGCUUCAACACGACCUUAAGGGCCCGGUCCUCUUGAUGUUUGGUGGUGACAGUAUUUGGGCUGUGGGAAUAUGUGCUUUGUCUGUCUGCUUGUAAAUUGAAGCCAUUACCUAAAACAAAGUAAUGUUGAUGGACCAAAUGAACUACAGGACUGAAGGGAAUAUCAGUUCAGUUUUUUAUAACAUAUCUGACUGCUGUUAGAAAAGGAAACUAUCAGAAAAAAAUGUAUCUUGCUGACACUACGUUUGAUUACAAACUACAAAUAAAAGUCUAAACUAUGUGAUAACCUGA